CCUUUCUUGACUACGCGGCCUCACAGGCUCAGACGCCAUGGCAGCCAUCGAAACGAGCGUCGCCGUCUCCAGUCCUCUUCUUGCUCUCCUCCAAGAUCGCUUAGAUCGAUUCCACGUAAUGGGGGAUUGCUUUCCGAAAUCGAAGCCCUAAUCCUCAGCUAUGGAUUCGUCCGCGACCUCCAAGGCGGGAGAAGGGAGAACCGGGCGGAUCUGCAGUGGUCUCUGUUUCUGUGUGAUAUCCUACUUGGUGGUUUCCUUCUUGACCUCGUUCCUUUUGGGGCUCUUAGGGUUGGCAAUCGACAGAUUCUCUGCUUCCGCGGCCGUCGCGAUACCCACCACCUGUAGAAUUCUGUCGAGCGGUGUAGAUCUAAAAGCAUCCAAGGUUUGCCAACUUGGAACCCUGAACCAUAAAGCUAACGGUGCAUUUUAUCACCUGAAGAAAGCAACUUUUCGCUGCCAUUAUGAUUAUUAUUGGGCUUCAAUCUUUGAGGUACAGUUUGAAGAGUAUUUUUCUGGCCAAAUAUUUCAUGCUGUGGCAGAAGUACCAAAGGAGGCUCUUCCUCAUGACUGCAGGCCUGAUUUUGGCAUUGCGUGGUUAACAACACUGAAAUUCAAGGUAAAUGAAACAUACGGGUGCAAAUAUCUGCCCGUUAGUCAGAAAGUCGAUAUUUAUUCCGAUGGUCUUUUUGGUUGCAAGGCAAAACAAUUUUCCACAUCAAACCCUAUCAUGCCAUACAUUAACUUGUUAAUGGGACUCUUCAUCGAGGUCGAGGGACCAGGGUCCAAUAUUGUGUAUGUAGCGAGAGGAUUCGUCUGUGGCUUUCUCGUUUCGAUGCUCACUGUUGCUACAGCAGAAUGCUUUCGCAUCCUUGCCGGUGCUAUGGCAAGAAGACAGACAUGUAUCGUGUGGCUUCAGCGAGUUUGUAUCAUCGUUGCUUAUUUCAGUGCCAUGGCUUGGCUAAUUUUGCAGUAUGGCAAGAUGAUCGGAUUGAACCAGCUGUUGUUCGAUUCCAAAACUUAUGAGAGGACCUCAUGAAAGUAUCGACUGGCUGUCGACAAGAAACAAAUUCCUACACGACGCA